AUACGUAUUUCUUUGCAUAAACAAUUGUGUGAAUAAUUUAACUUUAUACAAGCUAGUUACAUCUAUCACUAUCUCUCUCUCUCUCUCUCUCUCUUUCUUACACACUUAAUUUCAAAACUUUACUGGCAUGACCCUUUUACUAGAUAAUGUAUUGGCAAAACACAAUCAGAACAAUACAACUGAACUUAAUAUUGAAGAAGCAAUCAAAUCUGUAGUGAGACAUCAUGUAUCAUAAUGUAUGACAUUAAAAUGCAGUAAAAUUGCACAAAUGUUGCCAAAGCACAAUUAAAAUAACAUAUUAACAGCAAAUAUGGAAAUAUUGUGACAGAAAAAACAUGAAAUUAUUUGUAAAGGUAUGAAACUAAAAUGACGUAAGGGUUUUUACAAUCAGGGCAGUAAAUAUUCUUUUGUGUGUGUGUGUAAAUAUGUGUGUGUACUCUGUGUUUGGGUGGGUCUCUUUCUCUCUCUCUCUCUCUCUCUCUCUCUCUCUCUUUCUUUCUGCAGUCAGAAAGAAGUUGGUUUGUUCUGUGCUUCACUCCAGCAGUAGAAUGGCCGGGAUCAGACACUGUCCUUUACUCUCUGUGCGUCCUCUCCGCUGUCUGGUGGAUGAGAAGUUCGAGGUAGUUGUGCAGUUUUUGCUGCCCAGUCAGCCGGUGACUCUGCAUGCACUGCUGCAGUCGGAGGACGGGGACUUCUGGGAGGCGUUUGGUCAUUACAAGAGUGAUGCAUCCGGAUCUGUCAAAGUGUCUGAAGAUGUCAGUCUUGGUGGAUCGUAUGAUGGACUUGAGCCCAUGGGCCUGCUGUGGAGUAUGAGACCAAUUCCUGGAAGCAGAAAAGGCCUCAGAUUUAGAAACAAGGACGUCUUCAAGCCCAUUGAGGUGCACAUAUCUGUGUAUGAAGGCCAUCUAACCAAGUGGUUCAAAGAAAAACAAGCUCUAGCCUCUGUUGUAGCUGAGCGAUGGUACAGCAGUCCUGGAGUGCAGAGGAUUGAUGUCAGGGAGAAAGGGUUAAAGGGGACCCUUUUCAUACCUCCAGGUCCUGGCCCGUUCCCUGCUGUGCUGGACCUCUGGGGUGGAGGAGGUGGGCUGGUGGAAUAUCGCUCUGCUCUGCUGGCCUCUCAUGGCUACAUCACAUUAACUCUGGAGUACAUUGGACUUAAGGAUGCUAGUGGAACACCACAAAAUGUGGACAAUGACUACUUUGAGGCUGCCUUUAGUUUGUUGAAGCAACAUCCGCAGGUGUGUCCUGACAGAAUAGCCAUGAUGGGCUUGUCGUUUGGUGUGUCUGUGACUCUUGGCAUGGCAGCGUACUCCUCAGAGAUCAAUCCCAAAUGUGUAGUGUGUGUUAGUGGAAGCCACAUUAUGCCUGUAAAUGGAUCAUUGGCUGAUGUCUUUAAAGAGAUCAAAAAGAAUGUCCAGAACACUCGCUAUGAUGAAGAGCGGAGAAUCAUUUGGCGAGAUCUGCUGCUGCCGAUACCAGACGACCCUUCAAAGAAAGUUGAAAUGGGUCUUAUCCAAUGCCCUAUUUUACUGAUUGUUGGUGAGGAUGAUCAAAAUUGGGCAGCAGCAGAAUCUGCAGAAGAUAUGAAGAAGAUGAUGGAGCAAGCUGGGAAUAGUCACCUGUUGACUGUGCUUUCAUACCCCCACACUGGUCAUCUCAUUGAGCCUCCCUACUGCCCUCAUGUCCGAUCCAGCAACUUCAAAUUGAUAGAGGCAAAGACUACAGUGGUGGUGGUGUGGGGAGGACAAAUGGUACCACACAGUAAAGCUCAGGAAGAUUCCUGGCAAAAAACCCUGGCCUUUCUGGAGCAGCAUCUCUACACCCAUGACACUGUAGCAUCCAAAUCCAACUAGUGAAGAGAAAACAUGCCAUAUAUUGCACUGUAAAAAAGUAGCUUACAAAUUAAGGAUCUCCAUCAUUUUUUUCUUUUAGACAGCUUCAGGACAAAACCGCCUUUAGGUCGUACUGCUACUAAUCACCUAUGAUUUCUUUUUUUAUUAUAAUUUUAUUUCUAAUUUUUCCCAUUUUCUCCCCAAUUUACACAGCCAAUUACCCAACCCACUCAGUAUGACUCCUUCUAUCACUAGUAAUGCACCAACACACCCGGAGGGUGAAGACUAACACAUGCUUCCUCCGAUACAUGUGGAGCCAGCCACCACUUCUUUUUCGAGCUGCUGCUGAUGCAGCAUUGCCGAGCAGCCAGCUUUAGCUUUAGAAAAAAUAUAUUGCAUUUUCUUAACCUACACAUUUGAAGACAUUACAUUACCAAUCAAAAUGUAUCCUUUACAGACAAUCAAACAGUAGCUUAACCUCUGCCAUCACAUCACAUCACAUCAGAAUAUAGAUUCAGCACACUGGCAUGGCAGCACUUUAGCUACAGAGGUAAAGGAAGGCCUUGUUUUAACUCUUAAUAAUGACUAUACAUAUCUUUCUACACAAAAGUUUCUAAAUGAUUGAUCAUUACAGUGGACAGUGUAUAAUUCAGGCUGGUUCUUUUUGUACUGCUUGUUCUCUGUAAUUAUUGUAUUACAAACAAAUGGCACACCAGGUAGAAUAGGCUGAACAAGAUCUAAAGUACUUGGAUUACUUUACAGAAUUAACAGAGGAACAGCUUGUAAAGAUGUGAAAAAAAAAUUUUUAAUAGGAAUUUUGAAUUUAAUGAUUAUUAUUUUGUAAUUACAUGUUGGUCUUCAGUUGACUUAUGUUAAAUAUAGUUUUAUUUUUCUUGUUAAUGAUUAACAUUUUACAUAAAGUUGGAGAUCAUACAGAGUUCAUACAGAGUACUGACACAGUUCAUGGUUCAUGUUUAUGACCCACAAUGCAAAGGUCAGUGACACAAGAUUGUAGCUCUGGGUGUAAUGACCUCAAAUCAGUAUCACAAUUACGGUUCAUAAAAUAAAUAUUUAAUGAAUGACA